CUAGGUGCCUGUCAGUACCGUACGUUGAACCCCCAGCCUGACGGUAAACACCCUGGUUAAACACAUGGUUAAACAUAAGCUCUGCUCAUUUCCAAAGUCCUGUAUACCUGCUUCUCCGAGUCGUCGAGCGGAAUGGCUGCACUUAGAUCAGUGGAAUUGGAACGUCCACCUCAAGCGCUAAAAGAGGAGUUUGACACCCUCUUCAAUGACCAGUCACUGCGCUUCUUGGCAGAGCUGGUUUCCACUUUCGAGGAAGAGGUUGAGCAGAUAUUAAAUCGAAGAAUCGCUAGAAAGGUCCACCUCAACUUGACGGGGGAGUUGCCAAACUUCUCUGAGGACACUGCUCACAUCCUUAGUGACAAGUCGUGGAGGGUCCAUCCGGUACCCAAGCGUCUGCAAAGGAGACAUGUGGACAUAGGGGACCUGUCACCAUGUAACACAGAACGUUUCAAACUGGGUCUGAGCUCCCCAGCACAGGGAAUCCAGGUUGACUUUGACGAUGGAAAUUGUCCCACAUACUACAAUCAGAUCAAAGGCCUUUACAAUGUAUACAAGGUAGUGCGCAAUCAGUUUCCUGAUGUUCCUCCUAUAUCUCGGGCCCCACUGCUCAUGCUCCGACCACGUGCCUGGAACAUGGUGGAGCACAACAUGAUGGUCAAUGGGAAGGAGGUUCCAGGGCCGCUGUUUGACUUCGGCCUCUUGAUGUUCCACAACGGGAAGCUGCUCCUCCAGAAUAACAGUGGGCCAUUUUUUUAUCUAUCUAAGAUUGAAUGCUACAAAGAGGCACGACUUUGGAACAAAAUAUUCCUCUGGGCAGAAGAGAAGCUUGACCUGCCGUUUGGCUGCAUCAAGGCCACCGUCUUGAUAGAGAACAUCUUGGCCACGUUUGAGAUGGAGGAGAUUCUGUAUGAACUGCGGCAGCACUCUGCAGGCCUCAAUUGCGGGAUCUGGGAUUACUCUGCGUCAUUCGUCAACAAGUUUGGUCACAGACCAGCCUUCCUGCUUCCGGACCGCAGCAAAUACGUGAACAUGGAAAAGCGGUUCCUGAAGAGCUACAUGGACCUGCUGGUUCAGACGUGCCACCGGCGUGGGGCUUUGGCCACCGGGGGCAUGGCGGCACAGCUGCUGCCACAAGGGAAAGACAGUGCCCCCUACAGGAGGGUCCUGGCCACUGUCACCAGAUUAAAGUUACUGGAAAUCCAAGCUGGAGUGGAUGGUUUUAUGGUCUAUGACCUGGAUUUGAUCGAACCAAUGCAAAGACUGUUCCAGAUGCACACCAGCGGGGAGAAUCAGUUGCUCGUGCUCCGGGAUGACGUCUCGGUGACCUCUGCUGAUCUACUCACCAUGCCAGCGGGUGGGGUUACCCUUUAUGGACUGAAAUACAACAUUGCUGUAGGAAUCCUUUUUAUUGAGGCUUGGCUAACGGGCCGAGGGCAUUUCUUCUACCAGGGUCAAGUGGAGGAUUCGGCCACUGCGGAAAUCUCUAGAUCCCAGGUGUGGCAGUGGAUCAGGCACCGGGCCAGACUGGAGGAUGAUGAGAGGGUGGUCACCAGGGGUUUGGUGAGGAGCCUGGCCCAAGAGCUGCUCGGGGAACUGAAGGCCCACCGAGGACGUGAUUUCAGAGGCAGGGAAACGUUACUCACCGCUGCACACAUGUUCCUGGAGGUGGUACAGAGGAGAGACUUUCCUGAGUUUCUCACCACUUACCUUAACCUGGACCACAUGUUCCUUAGCUCCCAGGACGCACAUCGACAGCUGGAGGCGAAGGACAGCCUGAAUCACAAGCUGUAAACCAGGAUUCUGACCAGCAGAAGCAUUAAAGCAUGCUCUUACACCAUC